GUUACUGAUAAAUGAAGAGGACACGAAAAUAGCCUGUAUUGAAAUAAUACUUUGAAUAUUCCUCUUCAGUUUGUUGGCGGGAUCUGAGAACCCAUUAUACGGAAUAUUUGUAUUGGAUUUCUUCGCUCUUGGCUAUGGCAUUGGAAGGAUUCCUUCAGCCUAAAUGUAUAAAAUGGCGUUUGUGUUGUGGACUGCGGUGGCAAGUACUUAUUUUCCUCCUGUAUUUCAGUCAUAUUGUCAGUGGCCAAAUCCGCUAUUCCAUUCCGGAGGAGAUGAAGAAAGGUUCUCUUAUCGGUAACGUAGCUCAAGACCUGGGGUUAGAUUUGAAAAGGCUCAGAGCGGGUCGGGCCCGUAUCGUGACCGGAGAAAGCAUUCAGUACACAGAGCUGAAGACAGACAAAGGGAUUCUAGUCGUGAGUGAGAGAAUAGACCGAGAGCAGCUUUGUGGCGACGUCACACCGUGUAGCUUCAACUUCGAAAUUAUUCUAGAAAAUCCAAUGGAGCUUCAUCCUGUGAAAAUAAUGAUCCAGGACCAGAAUGACAACUCGCCUCAGGUUCUGUAUCCAGUCCAGACUAGCAGCUCUCUGGUGGCUGAAAUGGUGCCUCGUUCAGCAGAUGUGGGCUACCUUGUUACUAAAGUGGUGGCUGUUGAUAUAGACUCUGGACAGAAUGCCUGGCUCUCGUAUAAACUGCAGAAAGCGACAGACAGGGCGCUGUUUGAAGUGGGUUUACAGAAUGGAGAAAUAAGAACUCUACGCCAUGUCACUGAUAAAGAUGCUGCGAAACAAAGGCUCACUGUUGUAGUGGAGGACAACGGGCAGCCCUCUCGUUCAGCUACAGUCAUUGUUAACGUGGCGGUGGCCGACAGCUUCCCUGAAGUGCUCUCGGAGUUCACUGACUUUACGCACGACAAGGAGUACAAUGACAACCUGACUUUUUACUUAGUCUUGGCUUUGGCUGUAGUCUCAUUUCUGUUCAUCACAAGUUUAGUGGUUAUUAUAUCAGUGAAAAUAUACAGAUGGAGACAGUCUCGCGUCCUCUAUCAUUCCAGUCUCCCGGUUAUUCCGUAUUAUCCACCGCGUUACGCAGACACUUUGGGGACAGGAACUCUACAGCACGUGUACAAUUACGAGGUGUGCAGGACGACUGACUCCAGAAAGAGUGACUGUAAGUUCGUCAGACCCUGUAGUCAGAAGGUACUGAUAAUGGACCCCAGUUCUACAGGGACGAUGCAGCGGAUGCAGAGUGAAAAUAACAUCCUGGAUGAAACAGACUCUCCAAUAGAGGGCCGCUGUUGA